CUGAUUUCCGUCGUCUUUAAAUACUCUGCCAUUAAUUUGGACCUUGCUGCUAGCUAGCUCGCUAACGUUGGUGUUCUUCAGGCUGAGAAAGUCGUCCCAAAUGGUGGAUUCAUCUUUCUAAAACAUUUAGCUGAUACGGACAUCUUAUCGUCUUUGGCAGUGUUAAGUGGGUGAGUGUGAAGAGUCGUGAAACGAAUAGCAGGCUCUUUGUGCCAAGGGUCUAACCCCCUCCCCUCCACGCUUCAUCGCUUCCGCCCUGCUUGCCGUUGCAGACCACAGUCAUGACGACUCAGAGGGACCCAGACACGGUGAACCUGCGGCUCAUCCUUGUGAGUGGGAAGACCAAAGACUUCACCUUCUCCCCCAACGACUCGGCCACCGACAUCGCCAAGUACGUCUUCGACAACUGGCCCACGGGUUGGGAGGAGGAACAGGUGAGCAGCCCGAACAUCCUUCGGCUGAUCUUUCAGGGCAGAUUCCUCCAUGGCAACGUCACUCUGGGAGCUCUCAAACUUCCCCCGGGCAGAACAACAGUCAUGCAUCUGGUAGCGCGGGAGACACUGCCAGAGCCGAACUCCCAUGGUCAGAGGAACCGGGAGAAGGCCACAGAGAGCAGCUGCUGUCUGCUUUUGUAAAGCACACAACCUCCCCCUCUCCCCCCCCCCGCCCCUUAUCCUGCUCCUCACCCGCAAAUGCCCCCCCCCCCUUCUUCCCCGAUAUGGUCUCGUCAUCCCCUAAGCCUGAGGACGGAAGCUGGAAGCCUGGCUCUUCAUCUCACCCCCCCCCCCAACCAACCUCAACCCCAGGCUAUUCCUGAUGACCCUUAACUUUUGAGGAAGUGCUCCUGGAUGGGGUCAGCAGGAACACAAACAUUUUUAAAAAAUAUUAUUUUGCUUGUCAAACCUACAUUGCACUUGGAGUGGAGGAGAAGCAGGACAGAGCGCUUUGGGGUGCUGGCUGUUCCCUCCAGAGGGCCAGGCUACGCCUCAGCCUCCUGACUUGCGUGCCAAUCAUUGAGGACGAAUCUCUGUUGCCAAAAAGCACCCGGGCUGCCAUUUGGCCAAGUGUCCGUGGGCGUGGGGCGUUGUGACCUAUUGAAGCUCCACGUCGGAGCGGCAGCCGGUGGUCGUGGAGUCCUGGAGGAGCGACGCGUGACUGCGUGGGGCCCGCGCGACCCGGUUCUGCCUCGGCUCUGAGAAACUCUCCGCUUUCCCCGCUCUUGGACUCGGUGCAGAGGUGACGACUGUUAGCUCUCUCACACCCCGGCGCUGACCCUCCACACCCCGUUGUGUUGGAGCUGUUACGAGCGGCGCUUUUGCUGGAGUGACGGGCCUCCGUUCUUUUAUGGGCCUUUUUGGACAUUUUGCUCCCUCUCGCUCUAGCCCCUCCCUCUCGCUUAAGCACCUCCCCCUACAUUCAGCGUUUACUCCAGGGUGGCCCGGCAUGGCCUGAGAACUGUCCCAUCCUGCACAAGGGCAAACUGGCCCUAACUCUCAGCUCUAAUGGCUGCCUCUUCGUUGUUUCACGGUGAUGGGCGUUCCCCGAUUUAAGGUUUUCUUGGGACGGCCGUUUCGGCACCUGUGCGUGGCGCUGCUCUGUGGUGGGUGUCAUCUGGGCAUUAUCCGGGCCCACCUGGACAUUACCUGUGCCCUCCUGGGCAUUACCUGUGCCUGGGCAUUACCAAGGCUGACCUGAAUGCACUUGGGCAUUACCUGGGCCCAUCGGCACCCACCCGUGUCAUCGCCUUCCUGCUGUCGCCGAGGAGACGCACCCUGAAUGACUGCUUCCCCUCAGACCCCGUCUCUGCUUUGUCAGUGUGUUGUCCUUCUGUAAAUGACAUGAGUGGAAGGACUGAUUGUUUCCGCUGCUGUGAGAAUGGCCUUGUGAUGUCACGCCCUGGCGCUCCGCGCGCUUCGUCUGGCACGCACCUGUUACAGCCUGCUGUUCCUUAACCCCGCCCCCUGAUGCGCGUGUUACUAUGAGGGAGAAGGGAAGAUGGACCCGCACCUCAGCUGGAGCCAAUCACGGGGACAGAUGGACGGGGGAGCUGGGGUGGGGGCUGAGGUGGGGGGUGAUGUGAUGUGGGAGCUGUAGGCAGGGGUGGGGGGUGGGGGGUGUGGGGGCGGCCGGCAUCUUCUGUGAGUGACCUUGUGCCAUUUCUUCCUGCUGGAAUCCGGUGAAAGAGGGAGAGACGUGAUUGGAAAAAGGUACCGGGGGGGUUGGGGGUGGGGGGGGUGUGGGAGCGCUGGCUUAGGCGCUCUUAAUCGCCUCACUCUGGAGAGGCAAAGGAAGGUUUGCAUUUUACCUCUUUAAAUGUUUGGAUGCUGUUCUGUCUGGUUUGCUCUUGAUUAAGGAAUUAAUAUUAUUAAUGAUGGAUCUCAAGAAGUUUUAUGCUUAUGUAUUUUUUUUCUUUUUUUUUCCUUUUUAUUUGUACUUAAUUUCUCAUUUCUAUUGUAUGGAAAAACUAAUUUACUGUUAAAGUCGAUAAAAUUGAUUGCUGGGUUGUAUGCAUGUGUGUGUAUGCGAGGGCGAGUGUUGGGUUGGGCAGUGUGGGACCGGAGGGCGGGAAAGGGUAGGGAGGAGUAGUUGGUGGUUUCUGGGAAAUGAUGUUCCACUACAUUCUGCCUUUUAAGUGACCAUCCCUGGGUGUGUUACUGUGUACAGCGGUGUCAAUGCUAUGAACUUGUGCUGAAAAUUAUUUGUUUUAAAAAAAGAAUUAAACCAAUUGUGUGCUUCAAGCUUGUAUCAUAAAUGAAUAAAUCCGUUUCAAAAUGA